GACCAGUCCUCUGUUCUCCCCGAAACUUGGGCUUUGCCCGUUUCACGAAGUCUCUCUCUCUCUCUCUCUCUCCUCUGUUCUGUCUGCUGUUAUUGAAGCUUCUCCAGUGCUUCAAUGGCGGAUUCUUGAAACGCAAAAUAAUAGGUCUGAGACGAAAAGGGUUGAUAUAUAUAUCAGUACCCUAUGGACAGUUUCUCAACCCUUGUUUGCGAUGAAGAUUUCAAACUCAUCGAUGAAGAAGACGAGCUCGUCGAAGAAAUCCAGAGUGAGCCUCAACGAAAGCUUUUCUCUGUUGAUUCUUGUGAUGAUUACGUGAUAGUUUCGAACCUUCUUGAGAAAGAACGAGAAAUGAUGCCCAGAGACGAUUACUUGGCGAGGCUUCAAUCCGGUGGCCUCGAUGUCUCUGCUCGUAAUGACUCUGUUGAUUGGAUUUACAAGGUUUAUCAAUAUUAUAGCUUCGAACCACUGACUGCUUGUUUAGCCAUAAAUUACUUGGAUCGAUUCUUAUCUGAGCAUGAAAUUCCGAGUGGAAGUAGCAGUUUCGAUAAUACUGAGCCAUGGAAGUACCAGUUGCUGUCCGUAUCUUGCUUGUCUGUGGCAGCAAAAAUGGAAGAAACAAACGUUCCAUUGUCCUUGGAUUUACAGGUGAUCGAAGGUUACCUGAUCUUUGAAUCCAAGAAUAUUCAGAGGAUGGAGCUUUUAUUAUUGUCGGCAUUGAAGUGGAGGACUAAUGCAGUUACUCCUCUCUCGUUUAUCGACUAUUUCUUGGACAGAAUCAUAAACCCAGAAACCAGAGACCCCAAAUCUUUGGUUUCUCGGUCUGUAGAUAUGAUUUUAAGAACCACCAAAGGUGCCGAAUUCCUUGACUUCCGGCCAUCAGAGAUCGCAUUAGCUGUCGCAAUCUCUGUAGCUGGAGAAAACCAGACCAUCGAUAUGAACAAAGCCUUCGAUUCCUGCUCUUCUCCUCACUUAAACAAGGAGAGAGUGUUGAAGUGUCAUGAACAGGUUCAAGAGGUUAUGAAUUUAAGGACUACUACUCCACCAUUGAGCCCAGCUGGGAUCCUUGAUGCGGCGGCAUUGUUGAGCUACAGUAGCAAUAAUGGAACAAUGGGUGGUGGUGGUGGUGGGCUUCCUUCACCUUCUUCACCUUCUUCACCAUCACCUGGGUCUUCAGUAGUUGAAGCUAGUGAGCGUAAAUAUUUAGGCUCUGAAGAGGAGAUUGAAUCUGUACAGAAAAAGAAAAGAAGACUUUGA